GUUUCUUUUACAUCCAGCUCGCGCUCAGUUGAACAGUUUUCAUCGCAAUAGACGGACUCGGUUUGACGCUCAGUGCAGCCUUUUUCAUCAUGCCGUUCUUGGAUUUGCAUACUCCAUUCCCAGUAUUACAUGCUAAGGAUUUUUACCUGACUUAAGGGACGCUUCAUGACAUUACAUCAUAAGAAAUUUGGUCAUUGCUGUACAGUGGUGCUUCAGAGCCCCUUAGUGGACUAAAGGGUGGAUUACACGGGUGGUAAGAGUCCAGCCAGAGAUCAGGACCAUGGCUGACGUGGACCUCAUAGAAAAGCACUACAACUUCACUGGGAAAUUCCGUAAAUUAGAAAAGGAUUCAGGACUCAAGGCUGAUUCUGUCGUGUUUAUUAUCGUGUGCUGCUUCAUCAUUCUCGAGAAUGUGCUGGUUCUUCUCACCAUUUGGCGGACCAAAAAGUUCCACAAACCCAUGUAUUAUUUUAUUGGAAACUUGGCUCUUUCAGACUUACUGGCUGGAGUGGUAUACACAGCUAACAUCCUGCUCUCAGGAGCUAAUACAUAUAAACUGAGUCCCAUGCAGUGGUUCUUUCGUGAGGGCAGCAUGUUUGUAGCGCUGGCUGCUUCAGUCUUCAGUCUCUUGGCCAUUGCCAUUGAGCGGCACCUUACUAUGCUCAAAAUGAAGCUUCACAACAGUGGAAACACAUGCCGUGUCUUCAUGUUGAUCAGCACAGUGUGGUUCAUUGCUGCCAUCCUGGGUGGUUUGCCCAUCAUGGGCUGGAACUGCAUCUACAGCAUGAAGAACUGCUCAACAGUACUACCACUCUACCACAAGACCUACAUUCUCUUCUGCACCACUGUGUUCAGUGUGAUCCUCAUGGCCAUCGUGGUGCUAUACGCCCGCAUCUACGCACUGGUUCGCACACGCAGCCGCAAACUCGUCUUCCGCAAGGUCUCAAACGGCCGCGGGAGCGGGAACAAGAGCUCGGAGAAGUCUAUGGCCCUUCUGAAGACAGUCAUCAUUGUCUUGAGCUGCUUUAUCGCUUGCUGGGCGCCACUCUUUAUCCUGCUCCUGCUGGAUGUAGCCUGUGAGAUCCGUACCUGUUAUAUCCUCUACAAAGCUGAGUGGUUCCUUGCUCUGGCUGUUAUGAACUCAGCAAUGAACCCUCUCAUCUACACACUCACCAGCAAUGAGAUGCGCAGGGCCUUCCUCAAGAUGCUGCUGUGCAGUGUGUGUACUCAGCCGGCUGGCAAGUUCUCCAGACCCAUCAUUGGGGCAGAGUUCAGCCGGAGCAAAUCGGACAAUUCAUCACAUCCCAAUAAGGAAGAGCCUGAGUACUCACCCAGGGAAACGGCUGUGUCCUCAGGAAACAUUGCUUCAUCAUCAUAAAAAGGACUGUGGACAUUUUCUUGCUCUUUCUUAUUUAGUGAAUGUAUGUAUUUGUGUGGAGAUCCUGCUGGACACCUAAAUGAGAGCUUGUCCAAUCCACACUACUCUCAGUAAGUGAGAAUAAAGCUUCAUUUUUAUCUAACUAACACCUACGUCUACAACAGUGUUAGCAGAUCAUGGAGACAGGCAGUUAAAGAGCGGACCAGGACACAGUGGACAAUGAACAAACAACACGUUUGGGGUUUGUUUCUCAGCUGGUUCUUCAUCCACAUGCUGCUUAAUUAUAAUGUUGUGCAUUAGAGUUUGAAUUUAAUGAUGUUUCACAGCAUGUAUCAAAGUUUGAGUGUCCAUGAGUGGACAGAGUCCUUACAUGCAUAGCUGAUUCACGUCUCUCCUGGAGCUGGUGUGGAUUAAAGGGGGGGAAAAAAUGGAAUGAAGCAAUCCGGAUUACUAAAAAAAAAACUUUAACUUAAACCUUUAAAAAACUUUAAUCUAAAACAGGUUUUGUGUGUAAAUUGGACUGUUUUGUCAUGUUCAGUGUGUUUGGAUGACUUUGUUAACAUGGCAACAUUUAGAACAAUUUCUAAGUCAGUGUUUUUUAACUUGUAUGAAGAGCUUAACUGGGAGAACAGACUGAAACAAGAAAAAGACUUUUUUAUCCAGAACUACAAAAAUAUGAAAUAAGUGCAAGACUCUUGAAGGACAUGGCAUCACUGAAACGUCUUCGCCUGAUCGCAAAAUGCACUUAACAACCUGAGCUCUGUAAAGCUGAUUAAUCAGUAUUACCCACUGUUUUUAUUUAUCACAUGGAAACGUUCUAAUAUGAGGAACAUUUAGAAUAGCACUUGUUGUAAAAGUGCUAUCUGAGAGCCCUCUCAGGCCUUUUACUGACUCAUUAUAACGUACUAGAAUAUUGGGCUCAUUUUUGUACCAUUACAGCAACAAAAAAAAACUUUUUUACCCAUUAUUUUUUGCACAUAUCACAUAAACGUAAAUAAACAUCUAAAGAAAAAUAACAUGAAGAGGGAAAAUUCACACAUUCAUAUCACGUUAAAGCUCUAAAAAAACAGAUCUUUUUCGGUAAGGGUAAAUGUCUAAUUAAAGAAAUGCAGUAAAAGAAAGGUACUUGUGUUUCUUUGACUUAACGCCAUCCUUUUAGUGAGAUUUCUACUACCCUGAUUGAGAAUGUAUUUUCUUUUCAUAAAUAUAAUCUCACCUUUCAUCCAACAGCUGUAGAGAUUUAGUUAGCAUGUACAGUAGUUCAGCGAUAUUAAUUAAUCUUGAAUCCACCUGUAACCUCAAUAAGGGUUGAAUUACAAUGUGGUAUUAAUGCAUCAUGAAAUGAAAGGUAAUUUUUAUACCACUUUUAUAGAUUUUAGGCUUUAUGGUUUUGUUGCUAGUUAAUGCAUGUGCACAAACUGCUUUGCAUUUGCAGUCUAGCGUCAUUCAAAAUGUGUGGAAAUAAGAAAUGAGGGUUACAAAUGAAGCAUUACAAAUGAAUCAUGUAUUACAGACAGAUGCUGGAAAUGUGAAUCUGAUCAGAUCCAUAAUCAUCACCAUCUUAAUCAUCAUCCUACCUUUACAACAUCUGUACUGAAAAACUACAAAGUAUAAACAUGGUUCAAAAUGCAUCACUUAGCAAUAAUGAUUCAGAGAAAAGGUUUAGUUACCAGCCGGUUUUGUUCCUGUGGGUUUUUUUUUUUUGCACUUUGUAACACCUGUGUGUGUC